AUGCUGUCUUCGAGCCCACGGAUGCAGCCGAUCUACGUUGGGCUGCUCCUUCUGUGCCUUGCUCAGGGGAGCUUGGCUGCCAGGAAGUACGUCAACUGGUUCGCCGACAGUAAGGGCAUCUUCCAACCCAUCUCCGCCGGUACCUGCAAUGCCACACUGAAAGCCUACAAUGACGAGUACGAUGCGCUGGGAGGAGCGUGGUGGAUCGAUCUGGGGCUGCGGAAGUACUCCCCCAUAUACGGCCUAUGCAGAGACCAGAUGACCUGCAUCAUCAACAACCUUGAUGAAGCCUCCAAAGCCAGUCUCGCAUCUGGCCAGGUUGUCCUCGGUCUUUUGCCGACCCUGCUGGCCGUCAUUUCGCCCAGCAUUGCAGAGUUGGCCUUGUUGUCUGUACAUCGACCAUUGUUGGGCGGUCUGAUCAGUAUUGGCAGCCCUGUUACCAGACUCGCACUUGCGCUCGGACCAUGGAGCAAGACCACUUCGACCGUCGUCAGCGUCAUCCAGUAUUUACUCGUCCUGGGGUCUGGUGCGAAUGUUUUGUGGCUCGCAGCUGAGCUUGGUGUGCGCUCGAUCUUGAGCUGGGGUUGUACUCGCAGUUGGCCUGUCAUGCUCUGGGCAGCAUUUCCGCUAGUGAUUCAUCUGUUCAGUACCGUUGGGUACCGACUUACUCUGGAUCCCACCACGCGACAUGUUCGCCCACCAGUCGUGUUGCACAAGCAAGACAGCUUCUUCACUCCGCCACCGCCUUCGCGGAUCGCAUCAUCCUUAAAGGAUCCGCCACAAGCUGACAAGUCCGGCCCGUUCACUUCGAUCACAUCAACAAUCACCAACGAAAUACCGCUCCUACCAAUACAGAACCCUUCCACAGAUGUGCAAGUCGUCGAGAACACACCAGCCAGCUCACGUCUGUGGACCGUCAUUAAGCGCGAGUUCAUCCCAUGUGCAGCACAUCCAGACACCGUUAUCAACAACCGUCUGCCCCUCGAGCAUCCAAACACUCGCGUCAAGGUCGGCAUCGCACUCAACUGCUUUGCCGGCUUCCUCUCUUGCAUGCACCUGCUCUACGGCACAGUCGUAUUCGCCAGCUUCAACUUCAUCUAUGUUCUGGACGUCAUCUCGAACAUCUCGCUGAGGUUCUUAGUUAGCAGUAUUGUCUGUCGCUUGGUGAUUUUGUUGGAGAUUGCUGGUAUGAGAGGCGCGAGGAUGGCGGCGAUGGCGCAACGCGGUCAGGAAAAGGACGAUUCUGUUGUCAAGUUCACGAAUGGGCCCAAUGGGGAUGAGGCGGGGAAGUUGAUUGGCUCGAGGAAGCCAUAUCGACGGCAGAUGCGGCUGUGA